AACAUAAACUAAAGCACUGAAUUAUAAUCCAGCUUGCAGACAUGGAAGACAAAUCCUACUCGUACCCACGUGUCUAGCCGUGCUCGCACUAAGUCGACAAUACAUUUUCGAAGACUUAUAUAUAUUGGCCCUCACGAUAUCCAAGCACUGGUGCCAAGUAACAGCGACUUAUUGGAAACAAUUUCCCCAAACAAUAACAAUUAGUCAAUGCGACAUUAGCUCUAAAUGUUUCCAUUUUAAAUCAUGGACGAAGCGAGAAGGCCUUGUAGAGAGAGCUCAGAGAGUAAGAUGAACUUUGAAGAGUUUUAUAGUCGAAGUCAUUUGAAUCCUUAUACUUUGAGAGAGAGAGAGCUGCGAUGCCGAGCUGGUCACAUCCGUUCUAAGACUGAGACCACAGUGUUCCAUGGGAAGAUGGCCUCACAAGACCCUCAGUUUCUGAGUCCAGUUCCUAACGAAAGACUCCGUUCGACUCGCAGCCAUUCACUCAAAGUCUUCAGUAUGCAACCAUCUUUUGUCUAUCAGCGUUCAAAGCGUACUUUCAGUCUACCUUGCACUUCUAGGCCAAUACUACCUCCUUCGAUACAGAUCGAACAAAGUCGUUUCAUUGAUGAAGAUAUUAUUGAAGAACCGAAUAAUAAGAAACCCAAGGACACAGAUGAAUCUAUUUCGUCUUUUUCUGCCAUCAUGGGUCUCAGCUGUAGUCUCUUUUUAUUUGCCUGGUCAUGUCUACUUUCACAUUUUUCGAGAACCUAAAAGAAUUGUCCGUUCGUCAACCAUGUGUCAGUGUCGAGGAGUUGAGUUCGGAUCCGAUGGCGAAGCUAUAUCCCGAACUCUAACGAAGGACCAACGAGAUAUGUCGGGGGUUUACGAAAUGUUAAAAUUCAAAUAUGUCAAUGCGAAUGCACAGUGCGUUUUUCACUCGUGUCAAUUGGAUGUCAAUCGUACGAGUUAUCGACGAUUUUCUGAAGAGGCAAGAAACCUUCUCGAGUAUCAUAAGCAAUUCGACAGUCCAAAGAAAAAAAAUCAUUCAAAUAUGUCAAUGCGAAUGCACAGUGCGUUUUUCACUCGUGUCAAUUGGAUGUACGAGCUCAGUAUCGACGAAUUUCCGAACAGGCACGAAAGCAUUCCGAGUAUUAUAAGCAAUUCGGCAGUCCAAUGAAAAGAAACAAAUCAUUCAAAUAUGUCAAAAUGUCGUUUCUCAAAUGAGAACGCUGAACGGCCGAAACGCGAUUAGUUUUGUCGAACUACGACGAGAAUCUUACGAAGUAAUAUCGAUUUUAAUGCGGACUUCAUUCUUAUUUGCGACAAAUAAUCUGAAAUAUGGAAAUUUAUUGAUACUUCAAGUGUCAGGUUGCUUGACCAAAACUACUGAGCUGGACUCAAAACAUUUGUUUUGUAUUUUAUUACAUUUGAUAUUAGAAAUACUUAAUUUAAAUGUUUAGUUUGAUAACGAGGCUUCGGGGGCAUAAUAUUGAUGACAUAUUUAGCAGUGGUCUAUAAAAAUGUGUUUUAAAGAAAUUCUUAACCAUU